AUGGCGCUCGGCGGGGUCGGUCGCGGCGGCGCGGCGCGGGCCGCUUGGCCGCGGUUGCUGCUGGCGGCGUUGGCGGCGGCGCUGGCGCUGGCGGGGCCGGCGCUGCCCGAGGUGCUGUUCCGUUGCCCGCCCUGCACGGCGGAGCGCCUGGCCGCUUGCUCCCCGGCCGCCCGGCCGCCCUGCCCCGAGCUGGUGCGGGAACCGGGUUGCGGCUGCUGUCCGGUGUGCGCCCGCCUAGAGGCCGAAGCUUGCGGCGUGUACACCCCGCGCUGCGCCGCCGGUUUGCGCUGCUACCCCGACCCCGGAGCCGAGCUGCCCCUGCAAGCCUUGGUGCAGGGACAGGGCACCUGCGCCCGCCGCCGCGACACGGCCGAGUAUGGAGCCAGCGCCGAGCGCCCCGCAGACAAUGGUGAUGACCGGUCUGAGAGCAUCCUUGCUGAGAACCAUGUGGACAGCACUGGGGGGAUGUUGAGUGGAGCCAGCAGCAGGAAACCCAUUAAAACAGGCAUGAAGGAGCUGGCGGUGAUGAGGGAGAAGGUGAACGAGCAGCAGCGGCAGAUGGGCAAAGUGGGCAAGGUCCAUCACAACCAUGAGGAUUCAAAGAAGUCGCGGAUGCCUACAGGCAGGACUCCUUGUCAGCAGGAGCUGGAUCAGGUCCUGGAGCGCAUCUCUACCAUGCGACUGCCGGAUGAGCGAGGUCCCCUGGAGCACCUCUACUCCCUCCACAUCCCCAACUGUGACAAGCAUGGCUUGUACAAUCUCAAGCAGUGCAAGAUGUCGGUGAAUGGGCAGCGUGGAGAGUGCUGGUGUGUGGACCCCAUCCAUGGGAAGGUGAUCCAGGGUGCACCCACCAUCCGUGGGGACCCCGAGUGCCACCUCUUCUACACAGCCCAUGAGCAGGAGGACCGGGGAGCACACGCCUUGCGGAGCCAGUAGAUGGAUGUAAUCCUGCUUGCUGUGGCCCCGGUGCUGGAUUUUUUACAUGGGUUUCAGCAUGUCUCUUUUAGGCUCUGGAAGAGACCGGGGUUGGGUCCUGUGUGCUGCCCUCCUGCUGCCCCAGUUCUUGGGGAGGGAAGAGAUGACAGGAGGGGAAGGGUGGGGGGGAGGGGGGGGAGGUUGCAAGGAGAAGGGACUGCUUUCCUAUAGUCUUUUGCCCAAUGUCAGCCAGAGAACCAGUCUUUUUUGCUCCUCGCCCCGUGGCCCUGCCCUCCCUGCUGCUUUGUGGUGUAUUCUUGCAGGCAAAACAUCUAACCAUGGGUGGGAGGGGGAAAGAAAGAAAGAAAAAAAAAAAAAAAAAAGAAACAACAAAGUUCCAUUUCCCUCUUCCUCUCUCCCUUCCCCGAGACCAAAGACUGUAAAUACUGCCUCUUGUGUCCUGCCUGUCCCCUGUGUAUUGGCCCUGGAGUGGGAUGUGGUGUGGGAAGGAGGGAAGUCCCUACUUUCCAGUUGGAGUGUGGCAGGAUGAUGAGCUGCGUUCCUCAAGGGGGCACUGCCGGGGGAUAAGGACGAGGCAGCCCCCUGAACCACCGCUGGUUGCAGCCAGCCCUGCUGCUCUGGGAGGAUGGGGCCUUUGGGUGACUGUGGAGCUGAAUGCUUGGUUUUCUGAGGGGUUUGGAGGGCUGCUGCCCGGUAUUUCUUAGGAUUGGCUUAAGCUGAGGGAGCAAAAGUGAACUUGCCGGGGCUGGGUGGAAGGAUGCCUGUGUAGAUUUAGGAUAAUAAGCCAGGGAGUGUCUCUCUUUCUUUCUUUCUAGAUAGGAAAAACCCAUCUAAAACCUGCACUCCCAGCAGCUGCUCUUGUCCCUCCAUUUUCGCUUGGGACAGGAGUGAGCAUCUGCUUUUCAGCACACACUUUUUUUAUUGUAAGUACAGUAUGUAUCAUGCUUUGUAAAGGCCCAGACACACACGCACCCCUCUGCCCACAUGCAUGUUUGUAUAGGUUAAAUCCAAGCAAUUGCAGGCGCUCUGAGAUGUUUUGCACUGGACGUGCUGCUCUGAGGACUGAUGUCUCUGCCAUUACUUCACCUGUUGAUUCUUUCUGUACAGAACACACAGACGCUGAGAAUAAAUAACUUCCCUGUCGCCGAAGCAAGGAGACUUGUUCUUCCUUCCCCCCCAUUUUUAAUGUGGGUUCCAUUGCAAAACAAUUGCAAAUAUUCUUAUCCUUACUACAGUAAGGGGAGAAAUAUGGAGUUUUUUGUGUGACCUUGGGCAGGGCUGGGAUGGGCCCACAGAGGGGUUGAGGGGUGCUGCCAGCAUGCUCUGCUUGGGGUUGUGGGGCAAACACUGCUCACUUGGGCACUUGAGGCUGGGGAAAGAAAAGCAAAAAGCCCAAAACUCUGCGGCAGUGGGAAUGCUGGGGUUUGUUACUGUUCCCUCCCCCCUUUCCUGGCCUGAAGUUUUCCGAGCGCAAAGAUCUGUGCAGGUUGAACUCUUCAUAUCCUUGCAGGAGUUUGGAAGUGUCAGUAGAGGAGAAAAGGAAAAUGCUUUGGGGCUGUGGUGGGAAAGUGAGAGAGAGGUGUGUGUAUGUGAGACAGAGAGAGAGAGAGAGAGGGAGUGAGAAUGUGCCUGAAUGCAGAACUGAGUAACUGUAAAAAUGAUGCUACCUGCUGUCUUCUGUUAACAGCACAGUGUUCAGCUUUUCCAUGUAAACCCUGCACACUCUGGCUGUCAGCUGCAGUUUGUACUUUUUGUUUUGUUUAGGAACCAGGAAGUUUUCUUUUUGUGUUUUUUUUUUGUGUUUUUUUUUCUUUUUGGGAGAUGCUGAGCUGCGUAAAGUUGGAAUAAAUUAAAUAGGAUGCCAGGAAACUGUCAUCUUCCCCCUCCCCAACCUUUUCUAUUAAAUAGAGCAUGUUUUCUUGCCUGUUGCAUCACACACAAACUUGGGCUUUUGCCCUGGGGGUGUUGUAAAUGCUGAGCCCAAUGAGCAUCAUUGGGAGUUUGGUUUUUACCCCUACUAGUCCCAGUUGUGUGAGCUGCGAAGCCCGGGUGUCACCCCAUCCCCUCUCUUCCUGCUCCGCGGGUGUUUCUGCUGUUCUGCACAAUGCAGCCAUGCCUUUGAGUCUUGUCAAGUCAGCAUCUGCCCGACACAUGUGCAGAGGCAGUUUUGCUGCCUGAUGGCAGACAGGUUUGGUGGAAAAAGGUGGUUUUUGGCACAAUGUUGUUGCUGGGAGACGUGCUGUAGGAGCACCCUGUUCAAGCUGGGAGCUGUGUGAGAGCUUUGCAGGGGCACAGAGUCCCUCUGCUCAGCACUGGCACCCCUUGGACUUCAGCAAUAUUUGGGUGAAGGUCAGCUCCUCCCAGAUUCCCAGCCCUCAGGAUUUUGGGUGCUUUUCAAGUUGGUGCUUGCAGCCGGUCAUGCUGUUUGUCAGCCAGCAGAUGGACCUGUUCUCCAGGGAUCAUCCUAGGCCUUGCUGGUUUUGUCUCUGCUGCCUGUGCAAAGAGUUCUUGGACUGCAGAAGGAAAAUCUCUGUGGCCAAAAGGAGCUUGGGAUGCCAUGGCAAAGCAAAGAAUAAUGAUAAUAAUUGCAAGCCAUGCUUAACAGCUGAAAUUGCAGUGCUGAAGGAAGAGGUUCUGCAUCGCCGGGGCUAACCAGGGCCGUGGCAUGGAAUGUGGUGGGCCUGAUGGGCAUGGGGUGAUGGU